CUCGAAAUUGACGGAGUUCUGCGAUCUGGGAUGAUAUGAUCUCUCAUCUACGUAGUAUCCUUUGUUUCUAAAUCGCCCUUUUUUCUAAAACACAACAAACAUCUGAACAUUCCAUUUCUCUUUUGUCCGAAUUGCAACAGGGAAACUAUCGUGUGGUACAGUAGACUACAUCGAUUUUAAUCGAGAAAAUGGCGAAGUCGACCCCAACCCGUUUGUACCAGAAGGGAGUCAUCUGCUCCUACAAGCGCGCGCGCAAGGAUCUCACUCCGCGCCAGUGCCUUGUCAAGAUCCAGGGUACAAUUUUCCGAGUUUGCUUACACUUGAUACGAAAUUCAAGGCUAUCAUUCGACUAGACUCAGCGUUUAUGACGCUUUUCUAAAGACAACUGUUUCACCAAUGCCCAGGAUGAAAUUUGCUGAUGCCCAGGAUGAUAUUUGAAAGUUUUAGAUUUUCCGCUGAAGCUUCUUGUCGAACUCCAUCCGAUUUUUUUUCAAAAUCCAACAAUGAAUAUUCCCAUUCAGGCGUCAACACCCAGGAGCAGACUAACUUUUACAAGGGAAAGCGCAUCGCUUACGUGUACAAGUGCAAGACCGAGAAGAAGAACUCGAGAUUCCGGUACCCAUGCAGCGCUAUUAGUUUUAGUGUAACAAGCGUCAGAAGCCUCUCCAUAUUUAGAUUUAGUGUCACCGUGUCGUCUGUAGACGUAGGAUGCAUCGAAAAAUUGUGUAGUAGUGAACGUAGCAAUGUAGCUUAGCACACGAGCGUGACAAUUUCUGUAUUGCCCUUUGGAAAAUCCUUGCACGUGUCCUUCCAAACACACAACAGCGUCGUCUGGGGCAAGGUUCGCCGCGCCCACGGGCACAACGGUAUGGUGCGUGCUGCAUUCUCCAAGAACUUGCCGUGCACCUCUUUCGGUGCCCCGUGCCGCAUCAUGAUGUACCCGUCUAACAUCUAAUCGGCGCCUCGACUAUGUAGGAGAAUCAGCAAUCAGCAUCGGGUCUGCCACGGGUUUGUUUUGCCGAUGAUGCAUUCAGGAAGGGUCUUGUGAUGUAUCGAUAAGAAUUUGUACGAGAAUAGGCGCAAAUAGCCAUUGUGGCGAAACGUGUUGUUGGUUCAGAUGAGGGGUUUUCUCGACUCGAUGUCUACAAAGUCCAAAAAGCACUUUCCGUGCGCCGCGGGUUUGAGUGGAAGCAGACUUCUGUAGGAAGCAGGGAGUGUUCAUGGACGUGAUUGCCGAGUGUAUGCGAUACACUGAGAUUUGAUUCGUG